UCGUCGUAUGAAACCAAUAAAAUUCGGUACUGUAGCGGCGAAGUGUUGUUUAUGUCGCGAUGACUGUGCAAUCGCGCCAGUGUCUUUUUCUGACUGUCCGAAGUUUGAUUUGACAUUUGAAGCCCUCAUGCCAUGUUGUGCAGGCAGAGUCUCAAUCCAUCAUGAGUUCACCACUUCCUUCAAAAUCUGGAAAAGAAGGCACCAGACCCUCUGGGCAAGACCAGCUAGACAGCACCCUCUGUGAAGAACUGGAGAAAAUUGUUGAAGAAAUGACACAUUCAGGGAGGCCAAGUCUAGAAGAUAAAUCUCUGAAACAACUCAAGAGAAUCUGCAGGACAUCAGAUGCCUACGUGGAGCAUGCCUUUAACUUAUUGUCUAAUCAGCUAGCAGAGGAACACGCUGAAAUCCGUCUCUCCUCCUUCCAGAUAAUGAAUGAGCUUUUCAAUCGCUCACAUCGCUUUCGAGAACUUCUUGUAGCAGACAUGCAGGAGUUCCUGGAGUUAACUGUGGGCACCAAUAGUGAUACCCCUCUACCACCUCCUCGUGCUGCUGCUAACCUUCUGAAGGAGCAAACAUUAAAAGCAAUUCAAGAAUGGAAUGCAAAGUAUGGAAAGGCCUACAAGAAACUGGCUCUGGGAUAUGGCUUUCUCAAAUACAACAAAAUGGUUGAUUUUGCCAAUCUAGAAGCAAGGACAGCAGUAGAGCAGCGUGCCCAAGCUGCUAGACAAGCUAAAGUUGAGCUGGCUCUGGCUCAACAAGUUAGUAAGAUACUUAAUGACAUGGAUGAGACAAUCCCUGAAAUAAAUGAAUGCCUGACGCAGAUUGAUAACUGCUUUGAGCUGCUUCUACCUCACCCUACCCGCUAUAGUGAGAUAGUCACCCCUUCAGAGCAAAUAGGAUCAACUUCAACAGGCACACUGGCAAGUACACAGAAGGAUCAGCCGAUUCAUACAGAGGGGGUUUCAGAUAAAACCAGAACUACAGAAGUUAGACCAAUGGAUGCAAAACAAGUUGACAGUUUAAAAACCCCAAAACAAGGUGACAGAAGUGAAGGCGAUACCAAGAAGGACAGUCGGGAUAUUGACAGUAGUAACUCUCACCUGGUAGAGAAGAAAGAUGGACACACAAGCCCACUCCAUGAUGGGAAGGACGAUGACCUCCUUCAACAGCAUGGACUGCCUUCUUGGAAUUUCAACAUUGCUAUCAAUGUGAAUACAGAUGGUGUCAUGUUGGAAGAGGAUGAGGACAAUCAAGCCAUCUUGGUGACGUUAGAAGACAUGAAUCGUCUCAUCAAGUCUUCAUACCUUCCUCAUCUAGCUGCAUGGAUGGAGGUUUUCAUCAAAACUGGCAAACAUGAGGAUAAACUUAAGAGAUGCAUGGAUCUGAAGGAAGCUCUUAAGAAUGCAGCAGCCAAGUACGCUGAACUCGACAUCCAUUCUAAGGUGACGAGCAAGCAACAAAGGCAGUCUGCAGUGGCUGCCAAUGGGGGCGGAGAUUCUGAUAGUGAAGGGGAGGGAUUUGAGGACGUUCCGGAAAAGGAAGGAUUUGAACCAGUCAUCCCUGAUCAUCUGAGAAAAGAGUAUGGUUUAGAUCCUCUACCAACUGACGAUCAAGAUUCAUCUAAGACGUCAUCAACACAAGACAAUCUCAACUCAAGACCAUCCACCUCCAAAAGCAGCAAGGAUGACAUGAGUGACUCUCCAUCAACUACUGCUAGCAGUAGCAGUCUUGCUAAGAGUAAAGAUCUGGAGUCCUGGCACCCACUACGUGAGGCCCAACAUACAAUAGAUGAUCCAGCGUCUCAGGCUGGUACCCUCCAAGCCAUGAAGGAAAGACUACGAGCUAUCAGGGAUCAGCAUAUUGACCUGAAGACACUCAUUUCAAGUGACAGGAAGAGGAAAUCAGAUGACAAGGAAGUGACAGCCGAGAAGCGUCAGCGUCAAGAGUUGCUGGCCAAAGCUCCUUAUGUUCCAUUUGGUGUGGACUUGGAGCACUGGACUAAUCCAGACAAGAUAGAAGCACCAACAGUUGUACUGGCUGAUACUGCUGAGGUUGUUUGGAGUUCAUCAGCACCAGAUGAGGUCAAAGUUAUGGAGGCGGUCAAGGAUAGCCUGACAACCCGUGUCUUCAACUACACUGGAAAGUUUGAGCCAGUAAAAUGGACGUGCCGAGCCCCUUUGCCAUCUGGGAAGCUUUGCCAGAGGAUGGACAGGUUUAAGUGUCCUUUCCAUGGAAAAAUUAUUCCAAGAGAUGAGCAAGGUAAACCACAGAAUCCAGAAGACAAGGCCAAAUUUCAGCUGACAGAGGAGCAAGAAAAACAAGCUAAAUCUCUCCUCGCUGAUGCAGAGCUCCAAAAAGACAUAGAGGGUGGGCUAGGCAUUGAUUUGGGAUCCACGUCAAGUGGCAAAGGAAAAGGGGACAAGAAGGGUAAAGGAAAGGCGAAGAAGUACCCCAACUUGACUGACCUGUCCAAAACGUCCAACACCGCCAUGAACAGAUUGGAAAAGAAGGUGCUAAAUAAGAGUGCUCUUCGAAGGGUUGCCAAUGCCAUGAAUAAGCUGGAGCAACGACGUUAUCAUGACAAAUACGCAAAUAACUUUAACUACCGGUAGUCCUCAUGUCUGUGUUAAACUUCCCAAGAAAACACAAACCGAGAAGAGAGUACAAAUUGGCACUCUUAUGUGCAAGUGGCUGAAUUGUUACAUGUCGGAAUACAGGGGUGGAAAUCUCCAGCAGAAAAAUUAGGAGUAAGAUUUCAAUUAGAUCUGCCAAGGGAUUCAAAGAAGAGAAGCCAAUGGUCUCAAUGCAUUAUUCUUUGGGGGUAUGUUUUAAGCUGCUUCCUGACCAUAAAUGGAUCAUAAUUACUGAUGGAUUUCCUCAUGGAAUCCAAAAGUCCCUUUUUAUAGUUGCUGUGAUUGUGCCUUAUUUGCAGUGAUAACUUCAUAUAGCAUACAAAGUGACUCAUUCCCUUAGGAUUCGUUUUAAUGGAUCUCAGGUAUGGACAUGAAUGUUACGCACUAGGCACAACACAUGUACAUGUAAGUUACAUUUAGCUUGAAAGGUCCGUUCAGUGGAAACAUAAUGAAAGUCUUGAUGAGUUACUGUAGUCCCCCGAGGGGAUUUUUGUCAAGUGAAGUUGUGAGGUGUGGUACAGAAGAGGGAUGGUUUCAGUUCUGAAUAAAAGUACACUGUACAUGUCUGUAUACACCAUUAAUCAUUUACAUGCUGUAUUGGUCGAGCAGUAAAUUUUUAAAGUUGACAGGUGUGCUGUUUUUACUCUCAAAACUCACUUUUGAUGAAGUUCGAAAAUUUUACUCGGGUAGGAGUUUUUUGAGGGGAAGAAGAAAACUAUAUGAAUAUUCCACCAUCAUGUUGAAAUAUGUGGGUGAAUUUAAAUGAAGUAAUUAACGAAAUACAAAUAAAAGCCGAUGGACAAAA